AUGUCCGACUUCUCCGACAGCGACAGUGACACCGAUUUGAAUUUUAACUCUGCUGCCGAGGCUGUUCAGAAGAUUCACACUAAACUUUCGGCGGCCGAUUUACUAGAACUCUAUGGCCUUUACAAACAAAGCACCUGUGGCAAGUGUAAUACCACAAAGCCAGGUAUAUUCCAGGCUCAAGCUAGAUCGAAAUGGAACGCAUGGAAUGCACUGGGCGAGAUGGAUCAGAAGCAAGCCAGGCGAUUGUACACUGAGAAGAUAACUCAACUUGACCCGGAGUGGCGAGCAGUGGAUAAAUCAGCAGGAAAAACUGGUUGGGUUGUCCACUCUGUGCAUGCGGUGGAAGAAGAAGAACAAAUAGACGAAGACAAUAAGAAUCCAUUCGAUUACGUCAAGGAGAACAAUCUCGCCGGACUGAAAAGAGUUCUGGUUAAGGAAUCCAUUAACGAGCUAGAAGAAGACAGUGGCAUGGGGCUUAUUCAUUGGGCGACUGACCGGAAUUCUGGUGAUCUCCUGGAAUAUCUUCUCUUGUCUGGAGCUAAUGUGAAUCUUCAGGACUCUGAUGGACAGUCGUGCCUUCACUAUGCUGCAAGUUGUGGACAUUUUGAUUGUCUGAGGAUACUGAUCAAAUUUGGUGCUGAUAAAGAUUUACGAGAUAAUGAAGGAUCUAUAGCUCUGGAAGUGGCCGAUGAUGAAAAUAUUAAAAAGUUACUAGAGAGCUGAGAAUUGUUUAUAAUUUUUUUUUGUACGGGUCGGUUUUUAAUAAAUUUUAUUAUUAAGGGAAAUACAAAAUAAAUCAGUGACACCUUCUAGAACAAA